UUACGAUAUGGCAAUGCUGCCGCAGCCAAAAAGACAAUUGCAGAAAGUUUUUUUCACAACAAAAAGCCACCGAAAACGCUCGAAUUAAGCAACAAAUGCGUGCCAAAAGCGCAGCGAAUCUCCACUGAGGCCACCGUGUGUGCGUGGGCGUGGCAAAGGCGUGGGCAGAGCGACCAAACAUCACAGGAACAGAAACACGGCCAGCAGCAGCAGCGCAGCAGCAGAGGGGCGGGCAGAGGCAGAGGCGGCGGCAGAGGGAAAAGUCGGGCAUUUUCAUUGGAUUCGUUUUGGUCCGAUUUGAUUGGAUUGUGGUUACUCCAGCGGCGCCCAGGCGUUCCUCCUCUCCUCCUGUAUUAUGGACAAGAAAUCCUCGCCGGUGCGACGACAAAAGCGGCAGGCGAAGGUGAUCGAGGAGAACUUCUGGGACUGCAGCGUCUGCACAUAUAGAAACUCGGCGGAGGCCUUCAAGUGUCGCAUGUGCGACGUGCGGAAAGGAACCUCCACGCGAAAGCCACGCCUGAACUCAGCGCUAGUCGCCCAGCAGGCCGCCACUUUGCCGGGAGCCAGUGCCAACAUGCCCAACGGGAAGUCCGCCUCCGGAUCACGGCAUGGCAGCGGGCACGACCGACAGAGGCACAAGCGGUACCCGGCGCGGUUGAAAAACGUGGACCGAUCGACGGCACAGACGCGAGAGGUGACGGUCAACUCGGUGACCGUGUUCAUCACAGAGUACAAGGCCAAGCCGGUGAGCAGCCGACGCGAGUCCAGUGAGCAGAGCUUCAGCGAGAGCAACGACAGCCGGAGUUAGAGGAUGGAUACCAGGCCUCCACGCAACCAGCUCCCCAAUAUUCUACGCCACGGUUCCCGGUCCCCUGUUACAAGUUGUAAAUUCUAAGUGUUAGGCCCCUGGCGAUAACAAUUGUAAAUCGAAAUCCAUUUAAGUUACCAAGUAUUAGGCCACGUUUAAAGCCCCGAAAGCCAAGCCCCCACUAGUUCAUGACUUCCAGUCCAGGCCAAGAUGGCAAAUCAAAGCGAAGCGACGCGACGCGACGGCGAGUCGAUUGCAUUUACACGACGCUCUCCAAAUCCAAAUCCAAACCCAAAUCCCUUUUUUAAAUGCGCUAGACCCUGUAAAUAGCGAUGCAUGAGUUCCCUGAAUAUCUCUGUCUCGUAUCGUAAUUUUAGUUGUAAUUUAAUUCUGCUACUCUAAUUCCUAAUUUAUUGAUGCAAAGGUAACUUGUAUGUAUAACCGCCGUGUACAUGUUCAACAAAGAUAUCAUUUGUUUUGUAAGUGUCGAAUUAAAAUAUGGUUUAACUAAGUGCAAGUUAAUCUCAAUGUUCCACUAGCAGCGCCCAGCCCACAUGGUAUUUGUAACUACUUGAAACUGUCGCCCCUUUUUUUUUGUUUGUUUUUCACUAGAAAAUGCUGCUUGACAACGAAGUGUAGCGAGAGGAGAGAGCCACGUAGCUUGGUUGUAGACAAUUUGCUAAUUUUAAUUUGUUUGUAUACAAGACUGAUUAAGCGUUACCAACCAGAUAUAUAGAGGCCCGCACACGCACCCAGCCCAAAUCCGAUUUUCCUUUUGGUUUACACCCAAUACACCCAAUACACCCGAUAUUGCCUAACAGCAAACAAUAGACGAAUAUACUCGAACUCGCAAAAAGAGAAUUUUUGUACUUAGCAGAGCUUAAACGCUCUUCCACCAUAGCAAUAAUUACUUAGCCAACAAUGAAAAAGUAUGAAUUUUGA